UUACCACUGACCUUCAGCAACCUACCCCAAAAACAAGAUAUUUGAUUGUCUGACUUUACCUUAACCUUCAGAAAACCAGACACUUGACUGUCUGGCCUAACCUUUAUCCCACUUUCGCUAUUCCCUUGCUAAAAUCUGUUAAGAAAUCAACAAUGUUACGCUCAUGAUGACGGAGUCGAUAACCGAGUUGUUUUUCUAUAACUGCGUAGAUGGGAUCCUUAAGCUUCCCUUCCCCGUCCCUUCUACUCUAAAGUGCUCUCUUUGUCCAAGUGGUAGAUAUGGUUCUAAGACUCAUGUUAAAAAUGCAGUAGAUCAUUUAAAAUUAAAACAUGGCUUGAUCGUUGUUAUAAAAUAUUAUUGCCAAUUGUGCAAUCAAAUUUCUGAAGAACGUAUCAGAGCCAAAAGACACCAUGCUGUGUGCGACGAAGCACCUAGUGAUGACAGCACUGGCCAUGAAAGCAUUCCCAUACAGCAAUCAGAAAUUGCAGGAGAGGAUCUCAUCCUUCCCUAUCCUUGUGGAAGCUGCAGAUGUCCACUGUGCCGUUGGUAUACAACGGCACAAGGCACAGUUGCAGCGCAGUCUAUUGAACACCAUAUAGCGCGCGAACACGGUUUGUCCACUAAAAGGAAAUGGAAAUGCAGAGCGUGCAACGUCAUACUAGAAGGGCAUGCAAUGAGAGAGCACUAUAAAGUACAUAGAAUCCCACAACAAACCACGCCUAAUUCAUCAAUAUCCUCUACCAACCCUUUGCUCUCAACAAACUUACCACAUUCACCCACCCUCUCUCUUGCAUCCAUAAGAAAUUCCUUAAUCUCCAGUAGUUCCACCCCGUCAACUACACAAAGUUCUAUUGCUUCCCACCAGAUAUCACCACCAAUCAUCCUUAACCUAGAGCCUAAUCUCCAGUCCCCUUCACCAUUGCGUAUUCCAACACCGAAUCCGAGCCAAACACCCCUUAGUUCUCCGGCUUCCACUUCUAGUUCGAGUCGAAACACUUCUUUUUCCUCCCCCUUAUCAUCUCCUAGCCAACUUGUGAACUCAGUAUCUACCGUCGACGUAGCGGGAACAGAAGACGAGUUUAGGGGGUUGUGGGCUUCAAGGAUAGAAUUGUGCACCUCCCUGCAGGGUCUUGAUUCCCUCCUCCGUGAAUGCACAGUUGAGUGGCUUAGGCUUUCAACGAAACCGGAAGACACAAUCUCCGCACCAAGAAGACCAACAACAUCAACAGAGAGGACAAGAAGCCAUCGCAACCAAAAUCGACAACAACAAAAAAUAAGGCGUUCAGGAAGAAAGGCAGCAGAGGAAAAAGGCAAACUUCAACGCCUCUACUCACUCUAUCCUCGCAGAGCCGUAAGGAAAAUAUUAGAAGAGGAAUCCAUUGGCUACACGGGAACCAAGGAUUUGGCUGCUGCUUUCCUCGAAUCGACCUACUCCCAAACACCACCAUCAGCUAACCAGAUUGACUGCGCCAGAGCACAUUUCGACAGAUGUGAAUGGAAGAACCCAACAUCUGAAGAGCUCGGAAUUCUUUCUUCACCUCCAAGCCCAGAAGAAAUAAAGCAUAGACUCGGCAAAGCUUGCAACACCGCGCCUGGACGAGACGGCUUGGAAUAUCGGCACCUUCGUGCACUGGACACAAGCGGUCACCUCCUAGCUUCCAUCUACCGCGCGGUAUGGACUUAUGGGAUUCCAGCUUGCUGGAAGACCUCGAGGACAGUUCCGAUAUACAAGAAAGGUGACUCCUCAGAUUAUGGGAACUUUCGGCCAAUAUCCCUUCUCCCGACAAUGUACAAGAUCUUCUCAGGAAUUGUGUCCUCAAGAAGAAUGUCAACUGCGACGAAGCUAGGAUGGAUUUCGUCAGAGCAGAAAGGGUUUCUACCAGGUGUUCAAGGCAUCCAGGAA